AUGGCAAAACGUAAACACUUGAAGACAUCAAAACAGAUGAAGAAAAUCAAGACAUCACUCGUGACCACAGAUGACGGCAAUGAAGACAACAAACAACACCCACGAAUCUAUACCAAAGACUCUUUGGAUCGAUUCGGUGAUGAUUUGUGUGCAGUUCUCGUGUCUUAUCUCUCACUCGAAGACUGUUUUGAAUACGAAUGUGUGUCCAAACAGUUCCAGAGGACAGUCUUCGAGAGUGUUGUCGACAUUCAUAUCUACACGACUUUAGUUAAAAAACUAAACUCGAUGCGUCUCAUAUACGACAGAGACUAUCACUCAUUCAUGUCCAGCGAUUGUCACAAUUAA